AUGGUUGAAUCCGAAGAUAACAAGGACAAGGCUCCUCGAAUCCACUGGAUCCAAAGCGAUGUUGAGGCCGGAGAAUCGAGACCGAGACCUGAACUACGUCGUUCAAACUCAAAUAUUUCCAUAAACAGCGUCUAUAGUAGAAGAGGAUCGAUCGAUCCGGCAUCUGCUCUCCCCAUCCAGUAUCGAACAGUAUCCCACCAGAUUGCUGAGUCGAAGGAAAAGAAUGCUGCAGAUAUUCAAAAGGCAAAGGACACAGCGGCGAAAGAACUUGCAAAUCUCGAUUGGCAUACUAUAUCACCGAAAGAAAUCUAUACACGCCUCUCCAGCUCUCCCUCUCAAGGUCUUUCAUCGGAACAAGCUAAGCGACGUCUCACGGAAUAUGGAAGAAAUCAAGACUGGUCCUCCUCCCGAGUCAUGGCCUCCAUCACGACGAUGCUACCGGACAGCUGCAUAGUUCUCCGUGAUGGUGGCAGAGUGACGAUAACAGCGACUGACAUUGUCCCUGGUGACAUUCUAUUUAUAAAGGCUGGAAACAAACUACCCGCAGAUGUGCGCUUCGUUGAAAUUUCGUCUGAUGCGAAGUUUGACAGGUCGAUCCUUACAGGCGAAUCUGCCCCGCUACCUGGCACUGUCGAUAGCAGUGAUGACAAUUACCUUGAGACGAAAUGCAUUGGUCUACAAGGAACUCAUUGCAUAUCAGGCAGUGGCACAGGUGUGGUGGUUUUGACGGGUGAUGCGACUGUCUUUGGCAAGAUCGCAAAGAUGACGAACGCCCCGAAAACUGGCUUAACUCCAUUGGAGCGCGAGGUCCUGAACUUUGUAAUAAUUAUCUGUUCCAUAAUGUUUACCAUGAUUAUUGUUGUCAUUAUUGUUUGGGCUGCAUAUUUGCGAAAAGAACAUCCAGAUUGGAUCAAUGUUCCCACUCUUAUCGUUGAUUGUGUCUCAGUCGCUAUUGCGUUUAUUCCUGAAGGCUUACCCAUAGCCAUGACUGCCUCGCUCACUAUUACUGCGAAUCUUAUGCGGAAGAACAAAAUCCUUUGCAAGUCUCUGAAGACUGUUGAGACGCUUGGUUCUGUCAGUGUUAUCUGUUCCGACAAGACGGGUACUCUCACCAAGAACAAAAUCAUGGAUCCUCAAGCAGCCCGAGAUGAAAUGAUGCAACAGUCUCAAAAGAAUGGCAAGACCAACGCAGUUGCCCAGUUGAGAGCAAUAGCAGUUCUAUGCAAUUCAGGAGAAUUCGAUGCGGCAAUAAACGACCUUCCUCUUCACGAACGCAAGAUCAACGGAGAUGCUACCGAUCAAGCAAUUCUGCGUUUUUCCGAGUCUCUUGGAUCAGUUUCCGAGAUUCGUGGGUUAUGGAAGAAGACAUUUGAGCUUGCCUUUAAUAGUAAGAACAAGUAUAUGAUCCGGACUUUCGAGCUUGGGCAGGAAGAAGAUCUGAAUAUUGCUCUGCCGUCAACCGAAGCUGCAACGUUCAGACCGGAAGACACGCUCCUUACCAUUAAAGACGCUCCCGAUGUCCUCAUUGGUCGAUGCACCAAGUAUACCGGUACGGAUGGAGAGACAAAAACUCUUGACGAUACCACCCGAGCCAAAUUCGAAGAGAUCAAGAACACUUGGUCUGCGACCGGGCGGCGUGUGCUUCUGUUGGCUAGGAAAACAAUAUGCAAGGAGCAAGUCAGAUCCUUGGCAUACUCAAGCCAAUUUGAAGACGUGGUCGUACACCAUGCUAGGUCUGACUUGACCCUGGUUGGAGUCGUGGGUAUCGUUGAUCCUCGUGACGAAAUCCCGUCUGUUGUUUCGAUUUUGCGAGGAGCGGGAAUUCGUAUCUUUAUGGUUACUGGCGACUUUGCCUUAACAGCACAAGCCAUCGCGGUCGAGUGUGGUAUUAUCACUAAUCCUCCACACCUUGUCAAGGGUGUCUCUGCCCUUUCUCGAGAUUAUGCGACUUCAAGCUUUGAAUCUGAUCCAGAGAAGAAAGUCGCCGUUGUUGACUCUGCAGCCAAGACCUCGAUUAUCCUUAGCGGCCCGGAGUUGAUCACUCUCAACGAGAAUCAGUGGGAGCAAUUGUGCACUUAUGAUGAAAUAGUCUUCGGUCGUACCACACCUGAGCAAAAGCUUCGCAUCGUCCGCGAGUUCCAAGGCCGAGAUGAAAUAGUAGGAAUGACUGGCGACGGAGUCAAUGAUGCUCCAUCCCUCAAAGCCGCUGACAUAGGUAUUGCUUUGGGGUCUGGCUCGGACAUCGCUAUCGAGGCCGCAGAUAUGUAUGGAAGGGUUGUUUUCGACAAUCUGAAGAAGACAAUUACCUACUUGCUUCCUGCUGGAUCAUUUUCUGAGUUCUGGCCUGUCAUGACCAAUGUCGUAUUUGGGCUCCCUCAAGUCCUCUCAUCUUUCUUGAUGAUCAUCAUCUGCUGCUUUACUGACUGCGCUGCGGCAACUGUUCUGGCAUAUGAGAGCCCAGAAGCUGAUGUCCUGCUUCGCAAACCUCGCAAGCCCAAGGUUGACCGUCUUGUUGACUGGAAGCUGAUACUGCAAUCAUAUGGUUUUAUCGGCGUCAUCGAAACUUUGACCUCCUUUGCAAUGUCGUAUUGGUAUCUUCAGCGUAGUGGCAUUCCAUUCAGUGCUCUUUGGUUCAAGUAUGGAACAUUACCAAACAAUAUCGAUCAAGAUUACUACAACGCCAGAUUAGCUGAAGCUUCAAGCAUUUACUUUGUCAACCUGGUUGUCAUGCAAUGGUUCAACCUUAUGGCUUCGCGCACACGUCGUCUCAGUAUCUUUCAGCAUCCACCUAUCCUCAACAAGCAGACUCAGAACUGGUACUUGUUCCCCGCGAUUGCUUUGGCUCUUUGUAUGGCUAUUUUCUGGCUCUAUAUUCCGCAACUUCAGAGCACUCUUCACACCAGUCGUGUCCCUGCUGAACAUUUCUUCCUGCCUGCUGCCUUUGGCUUGGGCAUUCUCUUCUUGGACGAGUUGAGAAAAUGGGGAGUUCGCAAAUGGCCUGGAGGAUUGCUGGAAAAUUGUGCUUGGUAGAGUGAGGUGGAGGGUAUC